AUGGACGCGCUGGCCUGGCUGCUGCCCCCGCUCCUGCUGCUCUGCGCGCAGCACCGCGGCGCCAGGGCAAUGAAUGACAUUGGCGACUAUGUUGGCUCCAACCUGGAGAUAUCCUGGCUCCCAAACCUGGACGGCCUGAUAGAGGGCUACGCUCGCAACUUUCGGCCCGGUAUUGGAGGCCCCCCUGUGAACGUGGCACUCGCCAUCGAGGUGGCCAGCAUUGACCACAUCUCGGAGGUGAACAUGGAGUACACCAUGACGGUGUUCUUGCACCAGAGCUGGCGUGACAGCAGGCUGUCCUACAACCACACCAAUGAGACCCUGGGCUUGGACAGCCGCUUCGUGGACAAGCUGUGGCUCCCAGACACCUUCAUUGUGAACGCCAAGUCCGCCUGGUUCCACGACGUGACCGUGGAGAACAAGCUCAUCCGGCUGCAGCCCGACGGGGUGAUUCUCUACAGCAUCCGAAUCACGUCCACGGUGGCCUGCGACAUGGACCUGGCCAAGUAUCCCAUGGAUGAACAGGAGUGCAUGCUGCACCUGGAGAGUUACGGCUACUCAUCCGAGGACAUCGUCUACUACUGGUCCGAGAACCAGGAGCAGAUCCACGGGCUGGACAAGCUGCAGCUAGCCCAGUUCACCAUCACCAGCUACCGCUUCACCACAGAGCUGAUGAACUUCAAGUCAGCUGGCCAGUUCCCCCGGCUCAGCCUGCACUUCCACCUGCGGAGGAACCGCGGCGUCUACAUCAUCCAGUCCUACAUGCCCUCUGUCCUACUGGUCGCCAUGUCCUGGGUCUCCUUCUGGAUCAGCCAGGCAGCGGUGCCUGCCAGGGUGUCUCUAGGCAUCACCACAGUGCUGACCAUGACCACGCUGAUGGUCAGCGCCCGCUCCUCCCUCCCACGGGCGUCGGCCAUUAAGGCAUUGGAUGUGUACUUCUGGAUCUGCUAUGUCUUUGUGUUCGCCGCCCUGGUGGAGUAUGCCUUUGCCCACUUCAAUGCUGACUACCGGAAGAAACAGAAAACCAAGGUCAAGGUUAAGGAGCAGAGGGCUGAGAUGGACGUGAAGAAUGCCAUCGUGCUCUUCUCCCUCUCCGCUGCGGGCGUCACUCAGGAACUGGCCGUGUCCCGCCGGCCUUGCCGCGUGCCCAGGAACCUCAUGGGCUCCUACAGGUCUGUGGAGGUGGAGACAGGGGAGACAAAGAAGCAGGGGGUCCAAGGGGGCCUCCGUGGGCUUCUCAAACCCAUCGACGCGGACACCAUUGACAUCUAUGCCCGUGCUGUGUUCCCCGCGGCCUUCGCCGCUGUCAAUGUCAUCUACUGGGCCGCAUACACCAUGUGA